AUAGUCUAUAAACUUCCACUCCACUACCACUGCUGCUUCUCACACACUACAGAGUGUGCAAAAAUGUGAAAAUUCACACCCAAAACUAAAAGAAUUAACCACCACAAAAUGGCUACCGCCGCCGCCUUCUCCCUCCGCGCUCUCCUCCUCUUAUCCUUCACCCUCCGCCCCUUAGCCUCCACCCCCCAACCCCGCCGCAUUCUCCACCAGCCCCUUCUCCCCCAGGAGUCCUCCCCCCCAUCCCCGCCCCCCGCCCCCACGCCCCCACAAUACCCCUUCACCUCUUCCGCCCCCGAAAGCUCCACCUCCCCUUUCUUCCAAUCCUACCCCUCCCCCCCUCCGCCUCCCGGCCCCGCCUCCUUCGCCUCCUUCCCCGCCAACAUCUCCUCCCUCACCGUCGCCGCCCCCUCCAAACCCAGCUCCAGCUCCUCCAAGCUCAUCAUCGCCGCCGUCGCUGCCGUCGUCGCCGCCAUCACCGUCGUUUCCCUCGCCGUCUUCCUCCACCUCCGCCACCGCACUGCCUCCCGCCGAUCGUCCUCCUUCGAUCAAUCGAAACCCCAAAACUCCGAUACCAGCAGCGUGGUUUCGUUCAAUCAGGCUCCGAAUCGGCACCAUAUUCCGAAGCUCCAGAGACCUUCACAAUCCAGCGCGGAGUUCCUCUACCUGGGCACUUUGGUCAAUUCACAUGCCCCCGCCCCCGCCCCCGCCGCCGCAGCUACAAUCAACUUCAGUAAUGCUGCUAAUCCGCGGAAAUUGGACUCGCCGGAGCUCCGCCCGUUGCCGCCGCUGAACAUGCAGCGGCAGAACUUUGGUAACAGUGCCGAAGUUAUUUCGAGUAAGGAUGAUGAGAGCGAAGAGUUUUACUCUCCUAAAGGUUCCAUUAAUGGCAGAGACAGCUCGAUCGGCGCCGGAUCAGCUUCUAGAAGAACUUUUCCCGUCGUGGAAGUCGAGGAUUUCAAUGGCUCCACUUCAAAUUCUUCCUCUACUUACUCUUCUUCCCUCCCUGGAUCGGGUUCUCCGGCGCGGUCUGCGUCCUUCACCCUUUCUCCGGCGAAUAAUCAGACCCCGAUAAAUUCGAUGCCUAAAUCGCCGGACUUAAUCGAGAUUCAAACUGUUGCUCCCUUGCCUCCGCAAAUGCCGUCGCCACCGGAGGAGCUGGGUUCGGUGCUUCAGGAAUCUGCAUCGCCAUCGAGCUCAUCUUCACCGGAAAGGCAUUCGACGAGGAGCGGUGAAAUUUCUCCGAGAGAUUCAAGUGUUUUAGAUCAGAAUUCGGAAUCUCCGGCAAUAAUCAGUAGCCCUGUCCAGCAUAACACCACUGGUGAUCCAGCACCGCCGGAAACACGGGGUUUGGAGCUUCAGGCCUCGCCGUCGCCGCUAACUUCAUCUUCACCUGAAUCGUCGCCGAGGGAUUCUAAUGCUUCGGAUCGGAAUGUGGAAUCUCCUUCAAGAAGUAACAGCACUCUCCAGCUUGAGCUGCAUAACACUAAUGAUAUCCCGACCUCGCCGGAGCUUCUGGAAUUUGCGACGCCGUUGGCACUGAGUUCAUCGCCGAGGAAUUCGAAUGUCUCGGAUCAGAAUUCGGAAUCUCCAGUGCGAGAUAGCAGUCUUCUCGAGCAAACUAUUCCGGUUCCACCGCAAAUACGAGGUCUAAUUGCUCCAGAAUCUUCACCGCCAUCACCGUCAGGUUCAUUAUCGCCGGAAAGAUGUUCGACGAAGAGUGCGGAAUCAUCGCCAAGAAACUCAAACGUUUCAGAUCAGUUUGCGGAAUCUCCGGUGAGAAGUAACAACCCUGUCCAUAACAACUCCGCUGUAGCUCCACCACCGCCGACGGAAUCUGCAUCUGCGCUUAUGCCGAACUUUAACGUUUGGAAUUGGAAUGUGGAAUCUCCGGUGAGAAACAGCAGCCCUCAGCAACUGAGCACGGCUGAAGUGCCAACAGCGCCGGAGAUACGAUCGGAAUCCACAUUGCCUUUGUCCCCGGUUUCACUCUCACCGGAAAAUUGCUUGAGGGGAAGAGAGGAAUCAUCUCCGAGGAAUUCGGAUGUUUCCGAUCAUAUAGGAAUCAUCAGUUCUGAACCGCACAACUCAACUGCAGUUCCAACAGCAACGGAGAUGGAAGCCAUAAUUUUACCGGAAUCUGCAUCGCAUUUGGCCCAGGGUUCAUACUCUCCGGGAUUAUACAUGAGUAAUGAGGAAUCAUCGCCGAGAAAUUCAAAUAUUUCUGACCAGAACGUGGAAUCUGUGGUGGGAAUUAUAUACCCUGCAAUGCACAAUUCCGAUGCGAUUCCGGCAUCACCGGUGAUAGAAGCUUCGUUGUUGCCGGAAUGUGCACCCCCGGUUGCCUUCAGUCCACCGUCUCCGGUGAGAUAUUUGAGUAGUGAGGAAUCAUCGCCCAGGAAUUCAAAUGUCUCUGAUCAGAACGUGGAAUCUCCAAUGGGAAUCAGCAGCCCUGCAAAGCACGAUUCCGACGAAAUUCCGACAUCACUGAAUAUGGAAGCUUUAAUGUUGCCGGAAUCUGCAUCACUGUCACCACUGGACUCACCUGCCCCAGAUAAUCUGUCCGGGAAAAAUGAGGACACAUCGCCUAGAAUCUCAAACGCUUCCGAUCAAGAUGUUGAAUCUCCGGUGAUGCAAGAUUUGGUGUUAUCUUCACAGAAUGUGGUGUCUCCGGCGAGAAUCAACAGCCCCGAACUGCAUAAACUGCAGCCGCCUUCGCCCAUGAGCCCAUCAUCGCCGGAGAGACACCGGAGGGAAAGUGAAGAAUCACUAUCUACCAUUUUGAAUGAUUUUGAUCGGAAAAUGGAAUCUCGUCCACCAUAUAUCCCUGUUCUCCUGGCAUCUCUUGCGCCUCCUGCGCCGCCUGUUUCAGUCAUCCCUCCGCCUCCACCUCCGCCCCCUCCUCAGAGUAAAGCAUGGCUAAGCCCCACAACCCCAACUCCGGCAGCCAAGAAUCCUCUGCAGCCACCCGCCUUGAUCAAUCCACUAAAACCAAUUGGCUUCGAAGCUUCCACAUCGAUUUCUCCGAUGCAGCUGCCCUCUGAAAAUGAUGAAGAUGAGUUGAAUUCGAAACCAAAAUUGAAGGCAUUGCACUGGGAUAAAGUGAGAGCUAGUUCUGAUAGGGAGAUGGUGUGGGAUCAACUCAAAUGCAGUUCAUUCAAAUUGAAUGAGGAGAUGAUCGAGACGUUGUUUGUUGUCAACACUCCGAAACCAAAUCCAAAUGAAGCAACUAGAUGGCAAGUUCUCCCCCCUCCGGGCCAUGACAAUGGUGAUAAGGUUCUUGAUCCGAAGAAAUCGCAGAACAUUGCUAUCUUGUUGAAGGCACUCCAUGUUACUGUAGACGAAGUUUGCGAAGGCCUUUUGGAAGGCAAUGCUGAAAUUCUUGGGGCCGAACUUCUUGAGAGUCUGUUGAAGAUGGCUCCGAGCAAGGAAGAGGAGCGUAAGCUGCGAGAAUACAGAGACGAUUCCCCUAUCAAGCUUGGGGCCGCAGAGAGAUUCUUGAAGGCGGUUGUUGACAUACCUCAUGCUUUCAAAAGAGUUGAAGCAUUACUCUAUGCAUCCAAUUUCGAAUCCGAGGUUGACUACCUGAAAAAGUCAUUUGCAACUUUGGAGGCAGCUUGCGAGGAGUUGAGGACAAGUAGGAUGUUCCUGAAGCUUCUAGAAGCAGUGCUGAAGACCGGGAACCGGAUGAACGUGGGAACAAACCGCGGUGAUGCUCAUGCAUUCAAGCUCGACACUCUCCUCAAGCUCGUUGAUGUCAAGGGAGCAGAUGGGAAGACCACACUCCUGCAUUUUGUCGUGCAGGAGAUGAUAAGGAGCGAAGGUGCGCGUCUCUCUGGUGAGCAGCAGGUGGUGGAGGAAUGGUCGACAAACAAUGAUGCCAAAUGCAGGAAACUCGGCCUCCAAGUCGUUUCAGAGCUCAGUUUGGAGCUUUCCAGCGUGAAGAAAGCUGCUGUGAUGGAUGCAGAAGUGCUCAGCACCUACGUCGCCAAGCUUGCAAAAGGGAACGCGAAUGUGAAAGAGAUUCUUGAGUUGAAUCAAGCUGCAUCCAUGGAUGAAAGCAGCAACAAAUUCGCAGAGUUCAUGAACAGCUUCACCAAGAAUGCAGAAGAGGAAAUUUGCAGGAUUCAAGCACAAGAAAGCUUAGCUCUUUCUCUGGUGAAGGAGAUAACUGAGUACUUCCAUGGAAACUCUGCCAUGGAGGAGCCUCAUCCGUUCCGAAUCUUCAUGGUGGUCCGCGACUUCCUCACAGUCCUGGACCGCGUCUGCAAGGAAGUUGGGAUGAUCAAUGAGCGAACCAUCAUCAGCUCCGCCCACAAAUUUCCAGUCCCGGUUAAUCCGAUGCUGCAGCAGUCAACGGGGGCGUUUCAUAGGCGGCAGCACGCCUCCUCGGAUGAUGAGAGCCUUCCCCUCAAUGUUUAGGUGCGUAUGAGACAGAUUUUCGUGUUAGGCUUGUGGCUGUACAAAUGUUGUCCGUGGGGAGAGAAUUUGGGGGCUUUUGAGCAUGUUUGCAGUCUUAAUUUCUUAGAUAUUUGAUUUUUGAUAUUGUGUAGUUAUAACAUAUAGAUGAAUGAAAGGAAUAUUGGAUACCUUUGGUUCUUAUAGAUAUAUAUGUAUAUGAAGAAAAUGAGUUUUAUUA